AUGGAAUGUAUAACUGUUAAUCUUAUUAUUGAACCCAUAUUAGAUUCUCAGAUUCCACCAAAUUGCACUAUAUUUUAUGAGAAUAUCAAUAUGACAGUUACAAUAAAUCCUUAUGUUUUUGUUAAGGAUAUUUGUCAUGUUUUGUUACAUAAAAUUGGAUUAGGACAUUUGGUGAAUUCUUCUGAAGCUUUUAUCAAAUGCCCUCAAAUUAGUUGUUUUACUUCUGUUUAUUGUUUUACAAAUCCAUUAAUUAAUGUUGGUAGCGUUGAAACAUGGAAUCAUGAAUAUCUUACAGUUAAAAUUUGUGUUAAAGGAAAAGUUGAAGAUUUUUCAGGAUUUGAAGGACGAAACACUUUAUAUCGCAAUUUACUAUAUUUGUUACUCAAGAGAUAUCCUUUUAUUCGGAAUGAAGAAAAUAAUCCUUAUAUUAAAGAAGCAAUUGAUAGAAUAAAUGAUAAUUCUAUUUUUUCUUUGCAGCAUCCAAAUCUUUAUUGUAUUAAUGAUGCUAUUGAAAAAGAAUUAGUUAUGCUUAAUAGAAAUUUUUCUCAAAUUUACAAUAGAUUUCAUCCAAUACAUGAUGAAUAUAACAUAGAAAAUUCAACAACUACAGCAUCUAGAGAAUCUAUUUUAGAUAGUAACAUAGAUACAAAAAUGACAUCACCACAAUCUGUACAAUCACUUACUAAUUCGGGGACUUUUAUAAAAUACAGAGAUAUUUGUAAUCCAAUACAACCAUCUACUGAAGAAGUUCUUUAUGGAAGCAGUUCUGAUGAGGAGAUAAAAUCGUCUUCAGUUCAAAAUAUUUCUUCUAGAACCAUAUCAACUAAUCGUCCAAGGAUUAAAUUUAAUCCUGAAACAGAAACUCCAAUUUUAGAAAAUCGUUUAAAUGAUAUUUCUAAUCGUCCUGAAGAAAUUAAAGUAACUCUUCACAAUGUUAGAAAUUGGUUUAGUUACAGAAGGGUUAAAGAAAAACGCAAUGGAAUAAGCUAA